GGGGCAUUAGUAGAUUGGUAUAUGGGCUGACCCAUGACCUCAACGUGAUAAUGCAACUAAAUCAACAAAUAUUCCCAACUGUUGCAAGGCAGCCGGUGGUAAAUACAUGGGUCCUGGCCUGAGAUAAGUUAAGCAGGUGUUGACAUAUUUGGGUAUAUAGUAUCUACAGUUGGUGAUACCAUAUAUGUACUGUACAGUACAGUAAAAAAGACACCAUAAAUGCUUUAACAUGCAGCUCUGUUCUAAGCAUGCCAAAAAUCAAGUCAAAUACAAAGUUCAGUUUACGGUCUGUUGCUGCGUGCUCUAGAUGUUAGCUACUUUAUAGCCAAAACGGUGUCAAUCAUACACUGGUAUUGUAGAUUUCAAGUCAGGAUUUCUCCCUUUUUGCUCACUGCUCACAGGCCUACAGGUACAGGAGCAGAAUAUCAGUCAAACUCCUAUUGACAUGAUUCAGUGCAUGAUGUAGGCAAAAGUCUGACUUACUCUACUGUACGGGUGUUUAUCUCACAUUCCUAUUUGCUUCUCUACUAUGAACUGUGUGUUUUUCUCUCUCAGUAACGAGUGGUAAUGGCAAGCUUCUCUCCGCUGGUCCUGUCCAUCGCUGCCACCAGCUUUGUGACGUUCCAGUGUCUGUUCCAUUUUGUCAGUCCCUGUGUCUCUGCUCGGUUCUGCCCUGGGUACCGCCGUCUCAGCCCUAAACACACCAUAGAGUGGAACUCCAGAACUGUGUCUACAUUUCACGCCUUGAUAGUGGGCCUUUUUUGUCUCUACAUAUUACUAUUUGAUGAUGCCGUCAAUGAAGACCCAGUCUGGGGAGAUCCGUCACUGGUGAAAAUAAAUGUGGCCAUAACCUGUGGCUACCUCCUAUCAGAUAUGCUGCUCAUAUGUUACUAUUGGCGGGCGAUAGGGGACAAGUUUUUUGUAAUCCACCACCUGGCAGCACUGUAUGCUUACUACUAUGUACUGAGCAUAGGAAUGUUGCCUUAUUUUGCUAACUUCCGUCUGGUCGCAGAGCUUUCCACUCCUUGUGUGAACCAGCGCUGGUUCUUUGAAGUGCUUGGUUACCCAAAGAAAUCAUUACCAAAUAUGGUCAACGGAAUUGCCAUGACGCUAUCCUUCUUCCUGGUGAGGAUAGCGGUCAUGCCGAUGUAUUACAGCCGGAUGUACGCCGUGUACGGGACAGAACCUUUCUACCGGGUGACUUUUGGUGGCCGUUGUGCCUGGAUGGGCCCCAGUUUCUGUCUAGACAUUAUGAACUUCAUGUGGAUGCAUAAAAUGGCCCGCGGCUGCAUUAGCGUCCUGCGCUCUCCCGGAAAGGUAAAAGUGGAAAAGCUACAGAAUGGGAAAGUGCACUGAGAGGUUGCAAAAGGCUAUGGUGGAGUUAUUUUAUUGUAUGUCUGAUUCAAAUGGUUCAUGGACAUUUUUGGAUCAAAUGGUUCAUGGACUGGAAAUGUCUUGAGACUCUCUAGGAUCCCAUGACCAGCCCUAGGUCAAUUGUGUACCACUAUACUAAUUUGCCCAGAACACUGCCAAUUAAACAAGCUCUACAGUCCUCCAAAAUGAUGGGAGGGGACAUGGUAAAGGCCAUUGGAUUUGCGUCUCCUCUUGGUCCUUACAGAUGGAGGAAGUGGAUGGAAACAAACAGACAAUACUCUAAAGCACAGCUUCUCUUGUCUGUUGGACCCUUUGUUUGUAAAUUGUAUAUGUCCACCCAAAGGUGUCUUGUGUGUAUUGUCACAAUUACGUGAACUGACAUGGAAGAGAAUGUUAAAGGAACUCACAUAGUUUUGUAAUGUUUAUGAAGCCAUAUAGAUGGCUCUUGUACAAAUAUCAUGAGAUAUUGUACGAAAAUAAAAUCCUUACUUGAAAUCUGUGUUUUCACCAGCAUUAGGAUGUAAAAUAAGUAUAUUGUCAGACUACUGAAGUCUAUGCUCAGGAGCCUGCUCAUGCAGUAGGCCUAGGAAAUAUUAGUCAUGCACAUAAAGUAUCAGGGUAGAUUUAGACAAACCACAGCAAACAAAUGCCAGAAUGUAUUGUAAUUUUAUCUCUAGAAGUGACCUUACUGAGUGUGAUUCAUGAUAACUGCAAUAAAAGUGCACUUAUGUCUAACCGACACACCCACACUAUAACUUCCCACAAGCAUCUCCACAAGGUUUACAAAUUACAGAUCAAACUUCAGAAGUCAAGCUUCAUAAUGUAAUGUGAAAAAUGUAAUUAAAAGGAUACUGCAA